CCGAGAGAAGGCACACAGCGGUGAACGUCCAUUGGAGAAGCACCAUGAGAACCCAACUGAUUUUCGUAACAAUCUGCAUUUACCUCUGUGCUGCUUCAGCGGAGGAUCUGGACGUAACUCCCGAGAUCCGUAGUGAGUUGAAGGAGCUUAUCAAGGGGACUGAGGAGUUGAACAUUGGUUUGGAAAAUGUGAAGAACGUGCAGAAGGGCAUCGAGGAGAAGUUCAAGCAUCAGCGGGAUGAGAUCGAGCUCAUUGCCGAACUGGAGGUUGCGCUGGCUAAACUGGAUGCAAAGGUCCAAGGCAGCUUUGAGGCCACUUCCUCUGGAGUGGGAAACUUGACAGCCAUUGUCAAGGCAAUCCAGAGCCAAAAUGAACAGUCCAUUCAGAACCUCACCAAAGUGGAGCUGGCCAUCCGGUGUGCCCUGGGACAAGUGGGUGUCAGCCAGAACAAAUACGAGCAGGAUCUGGAUGCGGUGGCUCUGUCCGUCAACUCGAAUCUGGCGGAGAUUCAACAGCUUAUAUCGCAGGGCAUCAUUGGUGAUCUCAUCGGCUUGGAUAACAAGGCAAAGAUUCUUCAAGAACAGCAGCUCAAUAUCAUUGGUCAAGUUGGAUAUCUGGGAGAGCUAAAUGUCCUGGCGGAUCGCGCCAAUCGCAAGGUGAAUCAAUUGGAGUAUGGACUAGUACUACUCAAUCGCACACAGUCUGAGAGCCUCAAUGCCAUCGAGAACACUGUCCAUGGCGUACAGGUGGCCACCUCCCAGAUCGAUCAUAAGCUCGGAGCUCUGCUGGACAACCAGAAGAGCAUUGAAAAGACAUUGGAGAGCUGCAAGCGUAAAAGUCCCCCAAAGCAAAAGCCUCACGAAGUAUGGACCCAUCCGGAGUACGCUCCCAACUACGAAUCCAAACCAGAGGAGAAACCAGCUUAUGAGAGCAGCUAUGCCUCCGAAGAAGAGGCUGAAUACCUUUACAAGCUCUGGUAUGGCAAGGGCCGGCAGGAAUGAAAGACAUGAUCACAUCGUACACCAAUCCUAGGAAAAUUGUUUUAGCCCCUUCCUGAAACUUAAUUUUGACAUUCUUAAGUAUUUCUUAAUGUUUAGUAAAACUGACAAAAUGCUUUAAAUAAGCAAAUUUUUUAGUAAUGCUAUUCUACGAAAUAGAAAACAACAUAUUUCACUUACAGCUUUUCAAAGUUCUUGGUCAGACCAAACAUUAAAACUAGAUAAAUGCACAAUUUUGAAA